GAUAACCAAAUAUGUUUCGUCACUCCGACGUUGAAGCUCAUUGCUGCUCUAGGAAUGGCAAAACGCUGUCGUAUAGCAGGAAAUAGCUUACGGCGAAGAAAAGCUUCCGUAAUCUCGUUACCUAAGCUGAAUGCACAUGCUAGUUAGGUAGACCCUUUUUUCGAACCAAUGGCGUCAAUACGGAGGAUAUUCACGUUACAGGCUUGCUUUCUUGCAGGAGGGGCGCGCCUGUGCCGUUUCGGUGCCGUGAUAUCCAUACUUACCCAGUUCAAACCGUCUCUGCCGUUUUGCUUCAAUGUAUUUCUUGACAAUCUUUUGCCGUCCGGACCGGUUAAUUGCGGUCCCGGGAAAGCAGAGGAUGCGUCGGCCCUGUCUACCGAUCUAUCCACGACCUCGCAAAGUGUGGACCUCCUCCGGGGUUGCACUGGCGCUGACGGGGUUGGAUCAGGAUCAUCAGCGCUACAAGUCCCUAUCCACAAUUCGGGUAUCGUUUGUUGUUGCCAUUGAGAGCCUGUGUAUCUUUCACAUGCUUCGGGACUUGGUUGUGGUGAGGAUGACGACUGCUGUACUCAGCGUAGAGAAUUCAGCAUUCGAUGCAAGCUUAGGGCAGUUGUCGUGUCACUUGCAGUCUUUGUCUCGUACGGAUACCUGCCAAUGAG